AUGACAUUCAAAAUAUCUCCGGAACCAAACUUUGAGAAUGUCGAGGAUGUACUAGGACUAUCAUGGCCGCUGCACUACAUAUUUUUUGGUAUAUUCUUUGCAAUAUUGUUUUUCUAUACACUAAUUAACAUUGUCAAUCUGUUGAGAUCAGAAAAGUUUCAACGUCAAAAGAUUUUUCUUACCAUCAAUGCAAUGUUAUGUUUUCUUUGCUUUGUCAUGGCUUCCAGCUUAUUCCUUGAUCCAUAUGAGUCUGGUGAAUACAUUAAAGAUAUCGAUUUUCGAAAUGUCUUGGCCAUCUUGGCUGGUUUACGAGAACCGUGUAUCGCUGCUUCGUUUUCCUUGAUCCAAAUAUCAUUACUAGAAGCUACGAAGUUGCAGUUGUAUUCAAGAAGAUUACAGAGUUAUAUAUUUAUAUCCAUUGUGAUUGGCUUUCAUUUUUUCUUAGUAUUUACAACUAAUUUUAUUUUGAUCGUGUUUGCUGAUACAACCAUUUUUAUCUUAGUCUGUCAGAUCUACUUUCUUUUGACUGGAUUUACAAUGACUGUUACGAGUUUAUAUUCUGGCAUCAAAAUUAUCUCUCAGUAUAGUACAAGUAAAAGUACAUUGCAACUACAUAUCGAUAUUGACAUGGAGUCUUCAGUUCACUACGAUCUAUCUACAUCGGAAAUCUCCUGCCCAUAUAUCAUCAACAAACCGACUAAGCGUCACUCAAAAUCAAGUGAUAUCAGAAAAGUGAUUUUUCAAGAUAAAUCAAUGCGAAGAGUUGCGGGGUUCACAAUUUCCACCGCCACUUUUAGUCUUGGGAUAUUUGCGGGUAUUUUGUAUUCGUUUAGCUUGACAACUACAAAAACACCGGACCCUAUGAAAUGGUUUAUUUUACAGAACAUACUGCGAACAGCAGAAGGAGGAAUGGCUGCUACCAUGGCGUAUAUUGUUCGAAGAAACGUGUCACGCAACUGGUGGUGCAAAUGUUAGUUCUAAUCUUAGGAUAAGAUUUACUUCUUCUUUACUUUAUAGACGAUGUUAAAGAAGGAUUAAAAAAAGCGCCGUGACUCAUUUCCUUAUUCUUAUUGCAUGUUUUUUUAAACAUUUUAUUGCGAAAAAUAAAUUGAUUUAGCACUGAAUUUUUUGUUUUAAUAUUCAAAAUAAAGCAUGUAAAGAGAGAAAGAGAGAUCCAUGGGCAGCAUUCAAAAUGACACUUUUUUAAAAAAUUGUUGGAUUGCAUACAAAACAUGUUUUUCAAGAUCGUUUGUAAGGACUUGUUUAUUUACUUUGCGCUCUAAAUAACUCAUUUGACUGUUUAAAUUUAUUUGCUUAGUGCUAGAAAUAAAAAGGUCAAAAUACGGUCAAACUUUUCUUUUGGAACUAACAAGACA